AUGACUCAUAGUCUUGGUGAGUUAAACUGUGUAUGCUGGUCUCAUAGUCUUGGCGUAACUUUACUUGCAUUGGGUAAUGGAGCACCUGACGUGUUUUGUGCAAUUGUUGCCGUGAAGAGCAAUGGUACUAGUGGCAUUCGUCUCGCGGUCGGUGGUCUUUUGGGUUCAGGAAUAUUUAUUACGACUGUAGUUGUUGGAUCUAUUGCUAUGGUAACAAAUUUUCGUAUCAAAACUGAAAUCGCGUAUCUACGUGAUAUUAUUGUAUACAUGGGAGCAUGUUUCUGGAUGUAUUACGUUGUGUGGGACGGCGGUAUCAGUCUACAGGAAGCUAUAGCUGGCGAUCUGCACAGAGAGACAACAUCUCAAACAGGUUUAAUAAAAUCGUUUCUGUUGACUAUUUGUCCAGUGGAUAUUAUUCACUGGAAGCAGACAUCCCUGUUAUCAAAAUUAUGCGCAAUUAUGAAGGUUCCAAUUAACUUCGUGGUAACCUUGACAACCCCGGUCGUUGACUACAGCAAAGAGAAACAUAACUGGAACCGCUUACUCAACAGUUUGCAUUGUAUCACAGGAUCAUUGUUUUUUGUUUUCGUUGUGAAAGUUGUUCUCAGCUCUGUCAGUGAUAACGUCUUAGUGUGGCUUAUAACGAUAUGUGUUGGGACAUUGUUAGCUCUCAUAGUAUUCGUGACGUCAACAAACCACGUGCCUCCUUGUUACCAAUGGGUAUUUGCUUACAUAGGAUUCUUUGUGGGCGUCAUUUGGAUCUAUGUUAUUGCUAACGAACUUAUAAACAUACUAAUGACAAUAGGUAUAAUAUUUAGUCUGAGUGACGACGUUAUUGGUAUAUUAUUAUUAACCGUGGGGAACAGUAUAGCCGAUUUAUUCACUAACAUAGCAAAUGCUAAAACCGGUCGUCCAGUCAUGUCAAUAUCAGCUUGUGUUGGAGGUCCUCUACUCACUUGGCAGUGGUCCAAUGCAAUAUUUGCUCUUCGUCACCCUAGGUGUAAGCCUAGCGUCAUCCCUGUUAAUAAUGGUUUUGUCUAG